AUGAGAAAUUACAAAAAGAAACAGAGAGAGGAAGCGGGACUAGUGGUGCCUUUCGGUCAAAUCCCUGCUCUCCUAGACGGUGAUUUAACGCUUUUCGAGUCGAGAGCCAUCACAGAGUACUUAGCAGAGGAGUAUAGCGACAAAGGGGAGAAGCUUCUCUGCCAAGGCUGCAAGAAACUGAAGGCCAUCACAAAGGUUUGGCUUCAGGUUGAAGGUCAGCAGUUUGACCCUAUCGCCUCUAAGCUAGCCUUCGAGAGUGUCUUCAAAGGCAUGCUUGGCAUGACCACUGACCCUGCCGCUGUGGAAGACCUCGAAGCUAGGUUGGUCAAGGUCUUGGAUAUCUACGAGGCCAGGCUCUCCAAGUCCCCCUUCUUGGCUGGUGACUGCUUCACUUUGGCUGAUCUCCACCACCUCCCAAUCAUCUAUUACUUGAUGGGUACCGACUCCAAGAGGCUCUUUGAGUCUCGCCCUAAGGUUAGCGAGUGGAUCAAGAAGAUCACUGCCAGGCCUGCUUGGGUUAAGGUUCUUAGCCUCCAGAAGCAGCAGUGAUCUUGUUUCAUCUCUUAGAUUUUUCCUUCGUUUUAAAUAAAUUAUUUGUUCUUGUUGCUUAUUAUUAUUAAUGUAUCUUCUUUUGUGUGUGUGUGUUUUGCUUAUUGUCAAAUCACUUAGCUAAACAAUUAAACUUUUUAUCAUAUUCAGU